GAAAGCAGGAGGCUGAAGAUCAGCCGACAGCUGCACGUGAACAGUAGACACUCGUUCAUGUCACAAAAGUAAUCUGCAGCCGCUUGAACUUCUGUGAUUGGCUGAGGCAGCACCCUGUCGGAUGAUGCUGCGUUGCGACAAAAAGUGCUGUGAGUCUCAGUGAGUAAGGAAGCCUGCGGGGGUCAGUUCUCCGGGAUGCUGCAGUUGUGCAAAGUCACCAAGGAUCUGUUCAUCAGUAACGCCCGUUCAGCCUGCAGCGACGAGCUCGUCCAGCAGGAGGCGGUGACGCUCUGCAUCAACGUGUCCAAGCAGCAGCCGUUUCCCUCCGUCGGCAUCAAGAAGCUGCAGGUCCCCGUCUACGACGAUCCCAACGAGGACCUCUACAGCCACUUCGACCGCUGUGCCGACGCCAUCCAGAAGGAGGCGAACCGCGGCGGGCGCAGCGUCGUCUACUGCAAGAACGGACGCAGCCGCUCGGCCACCAUCUGCAUCGCCUACCUGAUGAAGCACCGCAAACUGACGCUGACGGACGCGUUACAGAAAGUGAAGACGGCUCGUCACGUGAUCGAUCCGAAUCCCGGCUUCCUGUCGCAGCUGCAGAGGUACGAACAGGAGCUGAAGAAGAGAUGA